AUGACGACUCAUCAAACUGCCAAAACAAGCUACGUCCCCUACCGCGAUGGCAAAAUAGCCUACCGCCGAUUCGGAGCCCCCAGCGGCGUUCCAUUACUCUUCUUCAUCCAUUUCCGCGGCACCAUGGACAAGUGGGAUCCUCUUCUCAUAAACAACAUCGCAGCAUCCAGACCAGUCAUCCUCGUCGACUACGUCGGAGUCGGACAAAGCACCGGCGUCGUCGCCAACAACUUCCGAGAAUGGGCAGACGACAUGCUCGAGUUCUUGUCUCUAAUCGACGUCAAGGAGGUCGACAUCUUGGGCUUCUCCCUCGGAGGCUUCGUGGCCGAGCUGGUGACGCUAAACGCCGACCCCAACAAGCUCAAGGUCCGAAAACUCAUCCUCGUGGGAACUAGCGCGAGUGCUGGCUUAGGCAUUGAGAAAACCCCAAACGACUAUGUCCCUUAUGCUGCCGCCGCAGAUGCUGAUCUGGCUUCCAUGAAAGUGCUCUUCUUCCCGCAAAACCCCGUUGGUGACAAGGCGGCCGAGGAAUGGUAUGCUAGGAUCCAAGAGCGAAACGAGUCCACGAGCGGAGAAGUUCCCAGCGAGUGGCUUUCUGAAGGGUACAAGGAUGGCGGAGCAGGAUUGAAAGCGCAGGUAGAUGCCUUGGAGAAGUGGUCCAAUCCGGAAACUAGCCGCGGUUUGGAGGGCUCUUACGAUAGACUGGAGCAGAUUGAUAUUCCUGUUUUGAUUGCCAAUGGCUCGAACGACUUCAUGAUUCCGACUGUCAACUCGUUCAACAUUCAGCAGAAGCUGCCUAAUGCUACGCUACUCGUUUACCCAAACAGCGGCCAUGCAUCCCACUACCAGUAUGCUGAAAAGUUUGCAAAGCAGGCUGUGCAGUUUCUUGAGGAAUGA